AAAAAUUUCAACAGCAAAUUGGGAAAAACCACAUCAACAGCUGUGUCAAAAAAAUCAUAUAUAAAUCAUCCAUAUCACUUGUAAUCGUCAAAUGUACUCAAUCUUAAAACUUUGAAAUUUUGUUGAUUUUUUCUCAUUAUACAUUAAAUACAACUCAAUCUUUAUCACACAAUGGCUUACGAAAACUCAAAAAUCGGUUGGUUAGCUUCCUUAAACGUUAGUGAAACUCCUGAAUCACAAUUACGUCGUACCUCAAUCAUUGGUACUAUUGGUCCAAAAACCAACACUCCAGAAAUCUUGGUUAACUUAAGAAAAGCUGGUUUAAAUGUUGUUCGUAUGAAUUUCUCUCAUGGUUCUUAUGAAUACCAUCAAUCUGUCAUUGACAAUGCUAGAAAAUCUGAAGAAUUAUACCCAGGUCGUCCAUUAGCUAUUGCUUUAGAUACUAAAGGUCCAGAAAUUAGAACUGGUACCACCAGAGGUGAUACUGAUUACCCAAUUCAACCAAACCAUGAAAUGAUCUUCACCACUGAUGAAAAAUACUUGAAAGAAUCUGAUGAUAAAAUCAUGUACAUUGACUAUAAAAACAUUACCAAAGUUAUUGAAAAAGGUCGUGUUAUCUAUGUUGAUGAUGGUGUUUUAUCAUUUGAAGUUUUAGAAGUUAUUGAUGAACAAACCAUUAAAGUUAAAUCCGUCAAUGCUGGUAAAAUCUCUUCUCAUAAAGGUGUUAACUUACCAAACACUGAUGUUGAUUUACCAGCCUUAUCUGAAAAAGAUAAAGCUGAUUUAAGAUUUGGUGUUAAAAACGGUGUCCAUAUGGUCUUUGCUUCAUUCAUCAGAACCGGUGAUGAUAUCAAAGUUAUCAGAGAAGUUUUAGGUGAAGAUGGUAAAGAUAUUAAAAUCAUUGCUAAAAUUGAAAACCAACAAGGUGUUAACAACUUUGAUGAUAUCUUAAAGGAAACCGAUGGUGUUAUGGUUGCUAGAGGUGAUUUAGGUAUUGAAAUCCCAGCUGCUCACGUUUUAGUUGUCCAAAAACAAUUGAUUGCCAAAUGUAACUUGGCUGGUAAACCAGUUAUCUGUGCUACUCAAAUGUUGGAAUCCAUGACUUACAACCCAAGACCAACCAGAGCUGAAGUUUCUGAUGUCGGUAAUGCUAUCUUAGAUGGUGCUGACUGUGUUAUGUUGUCUGGUGAAACCGCUAAAGGUAACUACCCAAUUGAAGCCGUUACUAUGAUGCACCACACUGCUUUAAUUGCUGAAAAAGCCAUUGCUUAUGCUCCAUUAUAUGAUGAAUUAAGAAGAUUAACCAAAAGACCAGCUGGUACUGUUGAAACUGUCGCUUUAGCUGCUGUUAACGCUGCUGCUGAAAACAAUGCCAAAGCUAUUGUUGUCUUGUCCACUUCAGCUACUACUGCUAGAUUAGUUUCUAAAUACAGACCAGACUUACCAAUCAUCAUGGUCACCAGAAACCCAAGAGCUGCUAGAUUCUGUCACUUAUACCGUGGUGUUUACCCAUUCGUCUAUGACAAAGCUCCAUUAG